AUUCUUGCUAAUUCUUGUAGAUUUUGAUCGGAUUUGAUAUCCAACGUAAAUCUUGCAUUCUUAAAGAAAUCUUGUCACAUUUGCAUUCCAAAUAAUAGAAUUCAAUUCAAUUUUUGUUAAAUGAAUUGAAUUAUCACAUUUUGGAGGAUUUCACAAUGAUCUUGAACAUAUUGGAAAAAAAAAAAAAAGGGCCACAUUGCACAAGAUAUCCUAAAUAUCAUCUAACAUAGACAAUCUUUAUAGAUAUUUCUCUUCAGCAAUUCUCCUCUCGCUUUGUGUGCUUUGUGCGUGUAUAUAUAUUUAUGCAUACAACACAAAACCAGUCUUCUGCGUAAAAACUUUCUUCCUCGUUCGAUUGUCUAUCAAAGAACGGAUACCAGUAAAGAUGUACAGAGUUGCGAAGGCAUCGGAAUACUUGGUGAUCACCGGUUGGGGGGUCCGCGACAUUAAGCUUGCGAAGAAGGCAUGGGUCCUCCCGGGGCAGUCAUGCACGGUCUUCGACAUAUCCCCCGUGAACUACACCUUUGAGGUGCAGGCCAUGAGCGCCGAGAAGCUCCCCUUCAUCCUGCCUGCGGUCUUCACCAUCGGCCCCCGCGUGGAUGACAGGGAGAGCCUCCACAAGUACGCAAAGCUCAUCUCCCCGCACGACAAGCUCUCGAACCACGUGAAUGAGCUCGUGCAAGGAGUCAUAGAGGGUGAGACCCGGGUCCUCGCCGCCUCUAUGACUAUGGAGGAGGUCUUCAAAGGGACCAAGGAGUUCAAAAAGGAGGUGUUCGAGAAGGUCCAGCUCGAGCUCAACCAGUUUGGGCUGUUGAUAUACAAUGCCAAUGUUAAGCAGCUCGUGGAUGUGCGUGGCCACGAGUACUUCUCGUACCUUGGACAGAAGACUCAGCAGGAGGCGGCCAACCAGGCCAAAAUUGACGUCGCCGAGGCCCAGAUGAAGGGUGAGAUCGGCGCCAAGGAAAGGGAGGGCCAUACGCUGCAGAAUAAGGCGAAGAUAGACACAGAGACGAAGAUUAUUGCAACGCAGAGGCAGGGGCAAGGAAACAAAGAGGAACUAAAGGUCAGGGCAGAGGUUAUGGUGUAUGAGACCCAGAGGGAUGCUGAGGUGGCAGCGGCGAAUGCGCAGCUUGCAAAGAAGAAGGCAGGGUGGACCAGGGAGGCCCAGGUGGCAGAGGUGGAGGCGGCCAAGGCAGUGGCCCUCCGUGAGGCUGAGCUGCAGAGGGAGGUCGAGAAAAUGAAUGCUCAGGCUCGAACUGAGAAGCUCAAGGCUGAGUUCCUUAGCAAGGCAAGCGUGGAGUACGAAACCAAGGUGCAAGAGGCCAACUGGGAGCUGUACAGGAAACAAAAGGAAGCAGAGGCAGCCUUGUAUGAGAAGAUGAAGGAUGCAGAGGCCCAAAAAGCAUCCGCAGAGGCGGGUUUCUUUGCGAAACAGCAGGCAGCAGAUGCGGAGCUCUACACAAAGCGUAAAGAGGCAGAGGGGCUUGUAGCUCUGGCCCACGCCCAGGGCGAGUACCUUAAGACCCUCCUUGGGGCCCUUGGUGACAAUUAUGCUGCUCUGAGGGAUUACAUGAUCAUUGAGCGCGGCAUGUACCAGCAGAUUGCCAAGACCAAUGCCGAGGCCAUCCGUGGACUGCAGCCAAAGAUCAGCGUUUGGACCACUGAAGGCGUAAGCAACUCCAAUGGGCUGGGGAACUCUGCCUUGAAGGAAGUGGCAGGGGUCUACAGCACGCUGCCUCCGCUGUUUAAGACAGUACAGGAGCAGACCGGGAUGCUGCCGCCCUCAUGGAUGGGAUCGCUGGCCGAGACCAAUCAACCUAAUGGGAAUUGAGGAACUCGUUAUGGAUCAUUUUAGGAUUCCUAUCCAGUGUAUGUCCUGUUUGACGCUACUCUGAAAUUUGGUUAUAUAGACUAUGUUCAAACACGUACAAUUUCUAUGGCUAAAUGUCACCUCAUUAUGGCCUUGCGUGCACAGAGAAGAGCAUGGCUAUUAAGUUUCAGAUGAUUUUGGCUCCAUGAAUUGAUACUCGCUUUAUUGAUCUUA